AUGUUGUUAAUAUGUCAACUUAGCUGCAACACAAUCGUUGACAUAACCGCGUUGUUUCAGUUCAACGUCCAAAGCGGUGCAAGUAACGCGGGCAGCGAGGCGUACGGCGCGAGCGCAGGCGGCGGCGGCGGCGCGGUCGCUCUCAGCUCGGGCUCCGCGUCGUCGGGGGCGCAGUCCCCGGGCUCCCCGCCGCACGCGCACCUGCCGCACCACGCGCCGCGCCUGCGCGCCAAGGAGGAGGACCUCUCCGUGCACGGACGCGCCAGCGCUGACGGUGGCGGGUCGUCAGAGUCGGAGGGCGAGUGCGGUGCGGGGGCGGCGCGUGCGCGCGCGCAGUACGUCAGCGCCAACUGCGUCGUGUUCACGCACUACUCCGGGGACGUGGCCGCUGUCGUUGAUGAACACUUCGCGAGGGCACUCGCACUCGAUAAACCCAAAGCGCAGUACCGAGAAGGUGCUGUAAAAAAUCACCCUCGAGAGAGCGAGUGGUUCGCGGAACCGACCUGUCCUCCACAAUUAAACCCGACGUUUAAUUACGAACUAGCAAGAAGCAUCCCGUCCCUCCCACCACUCCUCACCGCGCACCCGCCCGCCACCGCUACCCGUCGACUCUAUCUUCUAAUCCAGUACUCCACACCCCUGUUCUAUUUUACUCAGUUCAUUUGCUCCAUUGUUUGA